GCAAGAUUGAAGGGCAGAAAAUCUGCCACGACUGGAACGGCAAAGCAACUCUUGUUAUUAAAACAGCAGAGUCAGUUUAUAUUCUGCUUUCUGACAUAGGCGGACAUUUCAAGACAUCGGUUCCAGUGCAUCCGUUUUGGAGGCGAAUAUGUAGUACUUAUUUCGCAGCAACAGCUGUCACAUUCAUUUCAUAGUAUACCAUUUUCUUUUUAUAUUACUUGUCUAUUUAUGUCGAUCAUAUAGCCAAAUCACUAUUUGUUUUUUUAGGGAGGGGAAAACGUAACGGAGCGAUUUCUGUCAAUAUAAAGGCGUUUUUCAUACGGAGAAAAGCAAAAUAAGGCACCGUUUUUUCCAAGAAGAAAUACGAUUUGAAAGGAGAGGCUGUCGGCAAGGGUACCAUCGGAUGAGGAAAGAUGGAAUGAUCGUGACAACAUGAAAAAGAAAAAGUGCGAAAGAAUAUUUUCAUCCUGCCUUUGAAUCAACAACUGCACGGGGAGACAGACUGAAGGAGAGGUAGGAGCGACAGACCAAAAGAGAGAAAAGGAGAUCGAGGAGAGUGUGCCAUAAGUCUCCCGUGGAGCUUGCAGGUUGCCAUGGAUCCCCCUCCCUCCCUGAGUCAAGCCCUGCUGGGUGGGAGUGAGGAUGAGGACCAGCAGCAGCAGCGCCCCCCCCUGCCUUGCGCUGGUACAGCCCACCCCGCCAUCACGGGCAGCUACCCAGGAACGAACCACUCCAAUCACAUGGGGGGAAACAGCAGCCUGGAGAGGCUCAACACCACGCCUUCGCCCACAACGCCCGGCGGCGCCCUGCCCCCAGCAUCCCUGCCACGCUUGCCCCUGGUGACCUCGUCCUCGUCAGGGCUCGCCGCUGCCACAACGACGACCCCACCCCAACUGCCGGCGCCCAUCCCGAACGCGCUGCACCCGACCAGCACUCCGCUGUCGUCGUGUCUGGGCAGCCAGCACAGCCUGAGCGCCGACGCCUCGCCCGUGUACAACGCCCUCUUCUACUCGUCGCACUCGCCCACGACCGAGCGCGAACGUGAGCGCGGCUGUAAGCACAGGCAGGCCAGCCCGCUGGUCCACCGGCGCGACAGCAACCCCUUCACCGAGAUCGCCAUGAGCUCCUGCAAGUACACGGGCGGCGUCAUGAAGCCGCUGAGCCGCCUGAGCGCCUCGCGGCGCAACCUCAUCGAGUCGGACAGCAGCAGCGACACCAAAGAGGGCGGCGGCUCCGGGGCUAGUCCCGCCCCUUCCUCCAUCCCCACCGGGGCCGUCCCACCCUCCUCUUCCUCCCACCCCUCCCAGCUCGGCCAAUCGCAGAACCCGCCCGAGAUAGUCAUCUCCUCCAAAGAGGACACGCCCUACAGGGCGCACGCCUAUGAGAUGUCAAUCUACCACCAGAACCACGCCCUCUCAGAGAGCAGGGCCGCUAUUGGUGCAGGGGUCGGGACUAAUGGGCGGAGAGGAGGGACUGUGACCGGCAGAACCAUCUCCAAGGCGCAGAAGCGCAAGAACCAGAACAUCGGCUACAAGCUGGGCCACCGGAGGGCGCUGUUCGAGAAGCGCAAGCGACUCAGUGACUAUGCGCUCAUCUUCGGGAUGUUCGGGAUAGUCGUCAUGGUGAUCGAGACGGAGCUCUCCUGGGGAGUCUACAAUAAGAGCUCCAUGUAUUCCCUGGCACUUAAGUGCCUCAUCAGUCUGUCCACUGUUAUUCUUCUGGGACUCAUCAUUGCCUACCAUGCGAGAGAAGUGCAGCUCUUCGUCAUCGACAACGGAGCGGACGACUGGCGCAUCGCCAUGACGAUGGAGCGCGUCCUGCUGAUCGCUCUGGAGCUGCUGGUGUCGGCCGUGCACCCGGUGCCCGGCGACUUCAAGUUCCAGUGGCGGGCGCGGCUGGCCUUCUCGUAUGCGCCGUCGCAGGCCGAGGCCGACCUGGACAUGGUGCUGUCCGUGCCCAUGUUCCUGCGGCUCUACCUCAUCGCCCGCGUCAUGCUCCUGCACAGCAAGCUCUUCACCGACGCCUCCUCCCGCAGCAUCGGGGCGCUCAACAAGGUGCACUUCAACACACGGUUUGUGAUGAAGACUCUGAUGACCAUCUGUCCAGGAACCGUGCUGUUGGUGUUCAGCAUUUCACUGUGGAUCAUCGCCGCUUGGACCGUACGAGUGUGUGAGAGAUACCAUGAUGCCCAGGACGUCACGAGUAACUUCCUGGGGGCGAUGUGGCUGAUCUCCAUCACCUUCCUGUCCAUCGGCUACGGGGACAUGGUGCCCCACACAUACUGUGGCAAAGGCGUGUGUCUGCUCACGGGCAUCAUGGGGGCAGGCUGUACGGCACUGGUGGUUGCCGUGGUAGCGCGGAAGCUGGAGCUGACCAAGGCGGAAAAGCAUGUGCACAAUUUCAUGAUGGACACGCAGCUCACAAAGAGGAUAAAGAACGCGGCGGCUAACGUGCUGAGGGAGACAUGGCUCAUCUACAAACACACCAAGCUCGCGAAGAAGAUUGACCACGCCAGGGUCCGCAAGCACCAGAGGAAGUUCCUGCAGGCCAUCCACCAGCUUCGCAGUGUGAAAAUGGAACAACGCAAGCUAAGUGAUCAAGCCAACACUUUGGUGGACCUCUCAAAGAUGCAGAGCGUCAUGUAUGAGCUGAUGUCGGAGCUGAAUGACCGCAGCGAGGACCUGGAGCGCCAGAUGCUGAGCCUGGAGCAGCGGGUGGAGCAGCUGACGGCAGGCUUCAGCGCGCUGCCCGCUCACCUGUCGGCCACGCUGGCCGCCCAGCACAACGCCCUGCUGAUGCUGCUGCGGGAGCGCGACACCAAGCUGCUCUCGCCACCCAUGCCCCUCGCGCCCGCGCCGCCAAUGCCCCACGCCAAUGCCAACGCCCAGACCAACGCCACGGCCGUCGCCACGGCCACCACUGCCAUCGCGGCCGCUCCCAGCAGCGCAGCACAGGGCGGUGAGGCCGACGACAGCCCCAACACCACCGCCUCCAGCUGCUGAGAGACACCGGACCGGAGAGAUGGGAGAGGAGUGGAGGAGAGAGAGGAAAACUAAGAAGGAGGGGUUGGGAGAACCCCCAGGAAAUGGCUGCCGAAGAGGGCAACGGUGGUGUAAAGAGUGGAUGUGACACUAGAGGAGGGAGAGAGAGAGAGAGAGAGAGAGAGAGAGAGAGAGAGAAGAAGAUGAAGAAGAAGAGUGAGAGUGAACAGGGAAACAAGGGAUGAGUGGGAAAUGUUCAGGGGUAAGGGCUCUGGCGGAGAGCUCAGGAGAGAGUAGGAAUGAGAUCCGCUGGGACAUGACUAUGAAGAGGAGGAAACACUGCACAUGAGAGGCCUGCCUGGGAAAGAGGACAAGGGGAUGAUGAAGAAGAGAGACUGAAAUAAUAGUGUAUGAAUACCUCUCUUGGAAUGUGCACACUCAUUAUAGGAAAAUGUCUCUCUCCCUCCAUCAGGAAACCAUGACAAUGACUUUUUAAUCUUAUGAUGUGUUUUUUAUUACCUAAUUGCUAAUUGUGUGUUAACAAGCAUCCCUUUAAAGAGAGCUCCAGUCAAUAACAUGAAACAGACUAGUGCUACUGCCAUAUGCACACACACACACACACACACACACACACACCUCCCUCUCUCUUUCACACACACAUACACACACACGCACACACACACACACACACACAUAACA